AUGCCAAGGGCCCGACCUCCAACGACGGGCUAUGCUCGAAUUGCCCAGGCCGAAGACUCCGAUUCAGACAACGAUGACCUGGCCGACAGCUAUGCCAGCUUGCAACCAGCUUCUGCCCCCCGAUAUGCCGCCAUAACUCAACCCCGGCCACAGCCUGGCAUGUAUACAGAUGAAAACCCAUCACCAUCUGCGAUGCGCAAACCGCGACAUCGAAAACGAAAGGGAAGCGCUUCCUCCGGCGUCGACAUCAAGGCCAUCAAUGCAAGGUUAGAGAGAUGGGCAGACGAAAUAGCUUCCAAGUUCAAGAUCCAGAAAGUCGCGGGCAAGACGGAUGAGGAGGAGACAUUGGAGAUUCAUCAUUCCGUAUUCCAAGCCCCUGAAGGCGUGCGACCAGCGACAGCUGAGACCCUUGCUUCGGAGGUUGACAAUGGCCGGAUGACAAAAUCAGAGUUCAACGAUGUAGUAGAGAGCGUCAGAGUAGCCAUCGAACAGGGCAUGCACCCCAAGAUGAUCACCCAAGGCAGUUCAGGAAGUUAUUUUGCUAGGAACACUGAAGGAAAGGUGGUCGGUGUCUUCAAACCAAAGGACGAGGAACCCUAUGCCGCUGGAAAUCCAAAAUGGAACAAGUGGAUACAUCGAAACCUGUUCCCCUGCUUCUUCGGUCGGGCGUGUCUCAUUCCCAACUUGAGCUACGUCUCUGAAGCUGCUGCAUACACCCUUGAUUGCAGACUACGAACGAACCUUGUUCCAUAUACAGAUAUUGUCCACCUAUCUUCGAAAUCGUUCCACUAUGAUUUUUGGCAUCGUAGGAAUUUCUACAGGAAGAGGAAGCCUUUCCCACCGAAAGUUGGCAGUUUCCAGGUAUUCCUAAAGGGAUUCAAAGACGCGAACAUCUUUUUGAGGGAGAAUCCAUGGCCAGAUCAUACUAGUGGAGGAUACAGACCAAGUGAUAAUCUAAAGAAAAAGGGCAAACCGUGGCGUGAUACAUGCCGGCCGAAUAGCGCCAAAUCAGAUGAUGAUUACGAAGAAGAAGAAAUCCCAUCUGCCUCUGAAGACGGUCAGAACAGGCGUUUCGCUUGGACUGAUACUUUACAGCAAUCUUUUCGCGAGGAGUUAGAGAAGCUUGUUAUUUUGGAUUAUAUCAUGCGGAAUACAGACAGAGGAUUAGAUAACUGGAUGAUCAAGGUCGAUUACGAAAAUCAGGAUGUGUCUAUCGUUUCUGAACCCCUCAGGAUGAACGGUGUACACGAUGCAGAGCCUUCACCGAGAUUGGUACCAACGGAUAAUACGCCUCCAGGCUCACGGCCUUAUAGACCACAGCAACCCAUGGAAGCCAUCAGCAGGUCAGCUACGCCGUCUCAAUUGGGUGGACCAACGAUGUCUAUUGGAGCCAUUGAUAACAGUCUGUCUUGGCCUUGGAAGCAUCCCGAUGCCUGGCGAAGUUUUCCUUUUGGGUGGCUCUUCCUCCCAGUCUCACUCAUUGGGCAACCCUUUUCUCAAAAGACUAGGGAUCACUUCUUACCACUCUUGACGUCCAAGCAAUGGUGGAGCGAGACUCAGCUAGAAUUGCGGAAGAUCUUCAGCCAGGAUGCAGAUUUCCAGGAACGAAUGUUUGCAAGGCAAAUAGCAGUCAUGAAAGGACAGGCUUGGAAUGUUGUAGAAACAUUGAAGACAGUCGAUCACGGACCUUUGGAGCUUACUAGAAGAGCACGUGUCUGUGUUUGGGAUGAUUUGGUCGAUAUCCCUGUUGCAGUGCCUAUGAGGGUGCCGUCCGCUGAGAUGCGGAGACGGCAUGAUCUUCAAGUUCAGAAGGAUCUCCAGGAAGAGGAGAUGGAUAUCAGUGCAGCCAAUGCUUCCGCUCCACAGCCGGAUCUUUUGGGAUUAUCGAUUCCAACUCCGCCGGCAGACCUACCGAAUCCGAAUCGAUUUGAAUUAGCCAGUCCUCGUGCCAGUGACGAUGUAUCUGGGGUGCAGUCGCCUGCAUCGCCAUCAACCAUCACGAAUUUCGGCGGCCAAAGAGAUGUCACGAAGAACAACCAAGUCACAUUCUCUGACCGUCCUCCAUAUAAUCACUCGAGGACUCGCAUUAGUUAUGAUGGGCCCCCGAGGACAAUGUCCUACGCUCCUCGGCGCGAGACUAGAAGGUAUUCGCUCUCCACUAGGUCGCGCACGAGCGCACCGACAUUGUAUGAUGCGGAAGAUGAAGGAGAUCUUGGCUAUGCAGCGGCCGAGGGGAUGGAGGGUAAUCAACGAAAAGUGAUUGUGGAAAGACUAGAAACAGUCAAGAGCAAGAAUCCAGUAUUUACAUGGUGUUAG